AUCAUGCUCCCUGUUUUUGGAUGCCCACGCCGCACAGGGCUUGAAAUAUUAAUCGCCGUUAUAGUCAAAACCCAAGUCGGCAUUGCCGUAGCCAGUGGGUGUCGUCCCCCUCGUUCGCCGCCGUCUAGGGAGAAUCUAAGACUUUGCCGGAAUCAGAUUUUGCAUUUGAAGAUUUUGCCAAUAAACUAGCUUAUCAGUCUGUGGGAAGCUGUGUAUGUUGCGUCAAUUGAGCGAGAUGCUCUGCCGUUGAAUUUCACUUUGCGUUAAUGGAACGAGCUUACUCUAUUGGUCCUGUAGGUUUUUACGGCCAUGAUUCGGUUUUUGUUCGAUUCUGUUAAUGAUGGUCUUAGGUUCUGUAUGACGUGGCGUUCUGUAAUAUCUUGGAUGACUUGAACGGCUGAGAUGACAGACAUAUACAAGACAGUGAUGCUUAGUUAAUCUGGACAUUAUAGAGGAGGAGCGUCUGAACUGGGAAGCAUCUGUGUACACUAGCUCGUUUGUACGUGCGUAAAUAAUGGGUCACUUUACCCAGAUGUUAAACCCCCCCAAAACCCACAGUCCUAAAAUUCUUCCCAUCAAUCCCUCUUUUCAUCCACUCUAUUCAUUUUCUUCCUCCUCUCGAAUCACUUUGAGGCCACACAAGUUUUUAACUUUGUCUGUCUCGGCGGUGAUGCGAAGCCAGGAUCAGUCUCAGCAGCAUUUGUCUUUGGCUGAAGCCCUACUCAGUAGUAAUCGCAAGGAAGAAGUUCUUGGCGACAUCAAAAACUCCCUCUCAAACUGCCUCUCUGAAACUAACCUUCACUUGACAGUUCCUGAUCUCAAGUCCAAAACUAGAGGCAAGGUUAGAGAUAUUUAUGACAGUGGAGAUUAUCUUGUUCUGGUGACAACUGAUCGGCAGAGUGCGUUUGACAGGAUUCUUGCUUCUAUACCUUUCAAAGGCCAGGUUCUUAACGAGACAAGUCUGUGGUGGUUUGAAAAAACUAUGCACAUAACUUCCAAUGCUGUUGUAUCAGCUCCUGAUAAAAAUGUUACAAUUGCAAGAAAAUGUUCGGUGUUCCCUGUUGAAUUUGUUGUUAGAGGAUAUGUGACUGGAAGUACAGAUACAUCUUUAUGGACAGUCUACAAUAAAGGCAUUCGAGAAUAUUGUGGCAAUGUUCUUCCAGAUGGAAUGGCUAAAAAUCAAAAGCUGUCUGAAAAUAUAAUCACUCCAACAACCAAGGCUGCAGAUCAUGAUGUUCCUAUCACUCCUGAUGAGAUUAUUAAAAGUGGACUCAUGACCCAAGCUGAUUACCAAGAAGUAAGCAAGAAAGUAUUGAGUUUGUUCGAGUAUGGUCAGCGUGUGGCUUUGGAACAUGGCCUCAUAUUGGUGGACACAAAGUAUGAAUUUGGGAAGGCAAAUGAUGGUUCAAUUCUUCUGAUUGAUGAGGUGCAUACUCCUGACUCAAGUAGAUAUUGGAUUGCAAAUUCUUACAUGGAACGCUUUCAAAAUGGUCUUGAGCCUGAAAAUGUUGAUAAGGAAUUUUUAAGAUUGUGGUUCAAAAGUCACUGCAACCCCUAUGAAGAUGAGGUCCUUCCUGAUGCACCCGAGGAACUUGUUUGUGAACUGGCUUGGCGAUACAUAUUCUUGUACGAGACAAUAACACAUUCAAAAUUCGAUGUUUCUUCAUCAGAGGAACCAAUACACGAUCGCAUUUCUCGAAACGUUGCAUCUGCACUAUCUUCUCUGAAGUAGUAGUAGCUCUGGAUUUUACGGUUGUGCCCUCCUGCAGCUUUGUAAUUUAAGGGCCUUUUUCUAACAAAGUCUUGCUUUUCGUAAGAAAAGAAAUAAUGUUAUUUAAUAAAUAAUACAAUUAAUGAUCUUAUAAUUUAGUGACAUGAAAAUUUCUUACAAAUGGGGGGCUGCAAGCUCAAUAUUAUUUGUAACUGUAACCAUUGGUGCAUGCCUUUUUAAAUGAAGCCAAAAAAAAAAAAAAAAAAACCCCAAUACCGGCACCUUUGAA